AUGGAUAAAUUUUUAAUUAAACGACCACGGAGUGAAGAGUCAUCCAAUUGUCCGAAAGCACCACCGAGCUCUGGAUCAAGUGAGAAAAACACCGAUGUGAAUUUCAAUUCAAAUGACAUCAUUAGUGAUCCAGGACUACGAAAGCCGAUUGAAGACUUUGAUAUCGGGAUUAGAGAUCAACAAGGUUUGCCUUUCCGUGGACAUGAUGAGUCCUUGAGCUCCUUGAACAAGGGUAAUUUCCUUGAGCUACUCGAGUGGUAUAGCUCAUGGAAUGAAAAAGGAGAUAAGUAUUUUUCUCUUAUGAUUGAUGAAGCCCGGGAUGUGUCAGUAAAGGAGCAAAUGGGAGUUGUUUUUGCGCUAUAUACAUCAGCUAUUUCACUGAAGAAUGCCAUUGAUUGUUUAUUUGCUAAACAUAGGUUAUCUCUUUCAAGACUGAGGGGACAAGGAUAUGAUGGGGCUUCAAAUAUGCGAGGAGAAUUCAACGGUUUGAAGGCACUUGUCCUAAAAGAAAAUCCAUAUGCAAGGUUGGUUGAGCAAUUAGAGAAGGUAGAGAUAGCCAGUGGCAGAGGACAAAAUCAAGAAUCCAGUUUAGCAAGACCGGGUGAUACUCGUUGGGGAUCGCAUUACACUACCAUUCUCCGGCUAAUCUCAAUGUGGACUUCAGUGUUAAAUGUCCUUCAAAAUGUGCAUGAUGAUGGUGCUUCUAAUGACAAUAGAGGCAUAGCGGCAAGUUUGAUUGAAAAAAUGGAGAAUUAUCAAUUUGUGUUUGUGAUUCAGAAGGUUCAGCUUCAAGACUUAAGGGAGACAGGAUGGGAGGCAUUUUUGGAGCAAGUUAGAUCUUUUUGUGAAGGAAACUCUAUCCCGGUGCCUAAUAUGGAGGAUCAUAUGCGAAUCCGUGGUCGUUCUAGACGGGAAGGGCAAGUCAUUACUCAUUUUCACCAUUACCGCGUUGAAAUUUUCUGCGAGGUCAUUGAUUUGAUUGCACAAGAAAUGCAAAACCGCUUCCCAGAAACUAGCACAGAGUUACUUCUUCUUCUGUCAUGCCUUGAUCCAAGGGACUCAUUCUCCAAAUUCAACAUCCAUAAGCUACUUCGCCUUGCGUAA